GGCCUCUCAAAUGCUAGGCAAGUAUUCUACCUCUGACCUAUACUCCCAGCCCCCAAGAAUUACUUAUUAACAAAACUAAGUGCUGUGAGAGAACUUUUAGGUAGCAGCAAGAUGCUGACCUUUCAGUCAGGAAGGCUUCCCAAAGGAGGCGGUGCCUACACUGUCAAGAGGGCUGAGAAGGGUAACAUGCACGGGUGAUCACUCAGAUGUAUUUGUGCCUAAGAGUAGUGUGCAACUGCUGAAGGGUUUUAACCAGGGAAACAAUGUGAACAGAAUUCCAUGCUAGAAAGACCACUAGGUUUUCCUAGCUAGCCCUCCACACAUACACACACAGUGGCCCUCUUGAGAGGUAAGAUGAAAGGACCAGCAUCAUUGUGCUGAGGACUGAGACUUAGUUUCCAAGAGGCAAAGGCAACAAGAAGCAGAAAUUGGGAGAAGGAAGGCCAGUAAAUGCAGAGUCCUGGCCACGGGUUUGACAGCUUUAGGGUGUUAGCACUUGAGACUAAAGUAACAGAGCUGGAGGGUAUCAGACUGGAAAGGAGUAGGGAGCAGAACAACGGCCAGAGGGGGAGGGACUUAUCCCUUUUUCUGACAGAGAAUCUAGGGAGCAGUAUGGAAAACCUAGCAAGAGACAUCACCCUCUUACCAAGCUACCUAUGAUCAGAGGCCAAGAUGAAAGUGAAAGAGAAGAUGCAGAAGGCAGGGUGGAGGCGAAAGUGAAAGCAGGAAGCCUCAAUCUCAACCUCACAGAAGCAGAGGCUGAGGUCUUCCUGCUCUCCUCGGCCCCACUCUUCUAACCCAUAAACCCCAAGUCCUAAUUGUCCUUCCUGUCUCAAGAUGCUGAAGAUCACGGUGGGGGACCCCCAAGGGGGCUUCUCCUUUGACAACUGCCAGAGAAAUGCAUCCUUGGAACGCGUUCUCCCGGCCCUUCGGGUCCCUCAUGCACGCAAGACCGGGACCACCAUCGCGGGACUUGUGUUCCAAGACGGAGUGAUCCUGGGCGCAGAUACGCGGGCCACUAACGAUUCUGUCGUGGCGGACAAGAGCUGCGAGAAGAUACACUUCAUCGCCCCCAAAAUCUACUGCUGUGGGGCUGGAGUGGCCGCGGACGCCGAGAUGACCACACGGAUGACCGCGUCCAACAUGGAGCUACAUUCGCUAUCAACUGGUCGCGAACCUCGGGUGGCCACCGUAACUCGCAUCCUGCGCCAGACGCUCUUCCGAUACCAGGGCCACGUGGGAGCAUCGCUGAUUGUGGGCGGUGUAGACCUGACCGGGCCUCAGCUGUAUAGCGUGCACCCUCACGGUUCCUACAGUCGUCUGCCUUUCACAGCUCUGGGCUCGGGACAGGACGCGGCCCUGGCAGUGCUGGAAGACCGGUUCCAGCCAAACAUGACGCUGGAGGCUGCACAGGAGCUGCUAGUGAAAGCCAUCACUGCAGGGAUCCUGGGUGAUCUGGGCUCUGGAGGUGCUGUGGAUGCAUGUGUCAUCACUGCAACAGGUCUGGGCGCUACCGUUUUGUGCCUGGAACUACUGCUGUCCUGACCCAGGAAGUAAAGUCACUGAACCUGGAGCUCCUGGAGGAAACUGUUCAGGCAAUGGAUGUGGAGUGAAAUGGUUUGAGGCUUAGGGCUCUUGUUCAAGAGGGAAUAAACCCAGAAAAUACAA